CCACAAACCCUAUCUUCCACAGUCAAACCCCGCCACACUUUCUCUCUCUACCACCACAGUCCACACCACUCCCCACACUCCUCGUUGGCGAAGAACAAGAGCAUCCCACAUACGGCCAUGGGGAGAAAGAGGAAGACCAGAUCGGCGACCAAGGGCGAGGCUCCGGCGUCAGCGGAGGACAGCCAUCGGAUGAAAAAGAGAAUUCCGUCGGAGUCCGCCGGGGAUUACGAGGAGGAUGAGUUUGUAGCGGAGGAAGUAUCCGGCGGCGAAGAAGUUGGGAGAGAGUCCAGAUCUGAUGGGGAGUUGGUGGGCGAGGCAGCGGAGGAGUCGGGGAUUCCGGUUCGGAGGGUUGUAAGGAAUGAAGCCGCGGAUGGUGAGGAUAAAUUGCAGGCUAAACGUCAUUUUUCUCGAGCAGACGUUGAUGGGCAGAUUUACUGCCUGGAAGAUGAUGCUUAUGUAAACGCUGGAGAAGGAAAUGAAGAUUACAUCUGUAAGAUUAUUGAAUUCUUUGAAGCAAUUGAUGGCUCAAAAAAUUUCACUGCCCAGUGGUAUUACAGGGCUUCUGACACGCAUAUCAAAACUUGUGGCGACCUCAUCGACAAGAAGCGUAUAUUCACUUCUGAAGUAAUGGAUGACAAUCCUCUUGACUGCCUGGUGAAGAAGCUCAAAAUUAUAAAAUUGUCUCCUGAGGCUGAAUGUAACGCGAAGAAGCUGAGGUCAACAUAUGAUUAUUAUGUUGAUAAGAAGUAUUCGAUUCCAUUUACUUCUUUCGUAAGCUUGCCAUCAGAUGCAACUACAGUCAGCAAUGAAUCUGGUUCUACCAUCAGUGAUGCUGAUGAUUUACCGGUGGGAUCUUGUGAAUCGGAAGAUCAUCAUGGUGAAAAAACAAUGCUUGAUCUUUACUCUGGAUGUGGUGCCAUGUCAACAGGACUUUGCCUUGGUGCCAAUAGCAAUGGUGUUAAACUUGUGACUGGUACUGUUGAUGUGAUAUGCGGUGGACCUCCAUGCCAAGGCAUAAGUGGCUUCAACAGAUUCAGGAACAAAGAAGCACCUCUUGAGGACCCUAAAAAUAAACAGCUAAAUGUUUUCAUGGAUAUUGUUGACUAUCUGAGGCCUAAAUUUUUGUUGAUGGAGAAUGUUGUUGACAUCCUCAAGUUUUGUAACGGUUAUCUUUUCCGUUAUGCACUUGGCCGCCUCAUUGCUAUGGAUUAUCAGGCACGGAUGGGUCUGAUGGCUGCCGGUGCUUAUGGUUUGCCCCAGUUCCGCAUGCGCAUGUUCAUGUGGGGUGCACUUCCAACUGAGAGGUUACCCCAGUACCCUUUGCCUACACAUAAUGUUGUAAACAGAGGUGUGAUCCCACGUGAAUUUGAAGGAAACCCGGUUACCUAUGAGAAAGAACAAGAAGUUAAUAGUCUCAAGCCAAAACUUUACCUUGGUGAUGCAAUAUCCGACCUCCCUAAGGUUGAGAACAAUGAAAAACGUGAUGAGAUUCCUUAUGGCUCGGAGCCCCAAACGGAAUUCCAGCGGUUUAUUAGAUUAAGGAGGGAUGAAAUGCCUGGCAGUAUGGCAUUCCACUCUGAACACUCAGAACAUAAUUUGUUUGACCACCGCCCCCUUAAACUUAAUCAGGAUGAUUAUGAGCGUGUUUGUCAAAUACCUAAAAAGAAGGGAGCAAAUUUCAGGGAUUUACCUGGUGUUCGUGUACGUGAGGAUAACAAGGUUGAGUGGGACCCGGCUGUUGAAAGGAAAACAGUAUCUUCUGGGAAGCCUCUGGUCCCUGAAUAUGCCAUGACGUUUGUGGGAGGACGUUCUUCAAAGCCAUUUGGGCGUUUGUGGUGGGAUGAGACUGUACCAACUGUAGUUACUCGUGCUGAACCUCAUAAUCAGGCAAUUCUACACCCCCUUCAAAAUCGGGUCCUUAGUGUUCGGGAGAAUGCUAGGCUUCAGGGCUUUCCCGAUUACUAUCGUCUCCUUGGCCCCGUGAAGGAAAGAUACAUUCAAAUUGGCAAUGCAGUUGCCAUGCCAGUUGCUCGUGCGUUGGGUUAUUCCUUAGCUUUGGCUCUGAAGGGAUUAUCGGGUGAUGCCCCACUUUUGACCCUUCCCCAUGAUUACCCGAUGGCCAAAGAUCAACCUUCUCCAGCUAUUGUUAUGUAGUGAGGUGAAAUCACCUGAUUGUUUAUUAUUCUAAGCUAGUGGAAUAAUGCAUAUGGAUUUGCAUAGCUUUAAAACUUAUUAUUUUAUAGGGUCAGUCCUUUGUAUUCUUAGUACUUGACAUUUGUUUAGACAGUUUUGAAUUGAGUAUUUGGUUAAUGCAUUGUUUUCUGUCAAAAUUUCUUGUG